AUGUGGGGAGAGCUGCUUGAACUACAAGCCAACACCACAGAGAGCAGACCUGUUUCAUUUGAACAGGUGGAUCCAGCUGUUCUUGAAGCUGGCCCGGUGGGUGGUAGAGUGCUGGGCUGUUGGAGAGCUCGAGCUGCAAGCCACCGAGCGCGAGCUCGAGCGCGGCGCGCUGGCCGGGGAACCCAAGAGCGCACGGCGCCCCAAGCUGGCAGGCGCCGCGGGACCCCCCACCCUCGCCGGCUGCCCUUCCCCGGGCGCCCCUACCCUCCUCGCCCGCAGGAGACCCUGGGCUUCCCCGGAGGAGCUCACCCCAAGGGGCCAGGACUCCGGCGAGCCCGCCACCGUCCCCUCGAGUGCCGCCGCCACCACCGCAGCCGCGGGAGCAGCAUGGUCCAGCUGGGGAAGCUGCUCCGCGCCCUGACUUUGAUGAAGUUUCCCUGCUGCGUGCUGGAGGUGCUUCUGCGCGCGCUGGCGGCGGCGGCGCGCGGCCAGGAGAUGUACGCCCCGCACUCCAUUCGGAUCGAGGGGGACGUCACCCUCGGGGGGCUGUUCCCGGUGCACGCGAAGGGUCCCAGCGGAGUGCCCUGCGGCGACAUCAAGAGGGAGAACGGGAUCCACAGGCUGGAAGCGAUGCUCUACGCCCUGGACCAGAUCAACAGCGAUCCCAACCUGCUGCCCAACGUGACGCUGGGAGCGCGGAUCCUGGACACUUGUUCCAGGGACACUUAUGCGCUCGAACAGUCGCUCACUUUCGUCCAGGCGCUCAUCCAGAAGGACACCUCCGAAGUGCGCUGCACCAACGGCAAGCCUCCGGUUUUCGUCAAGCCCGAGAAAGUAGUUGGAGUGAUUGGGGCUUCGGGGAGUUCGGUCUCCAUCCUGGUAGCCAACAUCCUGAGGCUUUUCCAGGUAGGGGGGCGCUCCCUCCGGGGCAGAGCGCGCCGUAGCUCCCCGCGCUCUUUAUCCUGAAGGCUGGCUUGGACUCCAGGGGUGCGGGGUCUGGUCAGCCUUCGCUCAUUUCCACCCUGGAGAUCCUGCCGAAUCCCUCCCACCUCACCCGAGGAGGUACUUUCCCUGCUUGAUUCCUUUCCCUUCCAUCUCUCCCCUGUCCGCGCUCCACUCCAUCCGGCUUGACAUUCUGGAUUUAUGGCCCCAUUGACAAGAAACAGUCUCCGAAAAACAAGGCGAUGAUUUAAAUGGGUUUGCAUUCGAGUGAAAUAUGGUUCCAAAACAGGCUUGUAAAAGUGCCGGGCUCCUGUGAGAGCCACUUAGGCGCAAGGAAUAUGAAAGAUGAGAAGACGCCUAGAAACUAGGCAUUUCUCAACUCCCCAGCUUCCCUGCCCCAAGCCGCCCGACAAGCUGCAGCUGCCUUGGAAAAUUUCGAGAAGAGCUUAGGGAGGCAGUUG